GGAUAGUGCAGAUUAAGGGGCAGUAUUUUCCCCUUCUGACAUCACAAGGGGAGCCAAAUUCAAUGACCUAUUUUUUCACAUGCUUGCAGAGAAUGGUUUACCAAAACUAAAUUACUGGAUUGCUCUUUUUUACAUCUUCUAGAUUGAUAGACGCACCGAGGACCCAAUUUUAGCACUUAAACAUGGAAAAAGUCAGAUUUAGGAAUAGAAAUAUAACACAGAAAUGUAUAUUUGUAUUCAUCGUUCUGUAAUAACAAAUGACUGGAAAGGUCAUGGAAACUCAUUGGUGAAAAAGCAUGGGAACCCUGCAGGAGUGCAAAGCUGGAUUAUCAGGUUGGCAGCCAUCUGUGUCUAUUGCAAAUAAAAAAAAUCAAAUUAAAAACAAAUCCCUCUGAAUAACGGAUGAAGAGUUUAGACAGUGUGUGUAAAAAAUGCAGUGUGCCUGUUAUGCUAAUGUUUAAAUGUGUGUGCCUUUACAUGCAUGUUUGUGACAGUAAUAUUUUGUAUGGUGAAAUGAGAGACCGCAGAAGGUUUAAACAAGCAAUUCGGAUUACUUGGCAAAUUUUUAUGUGAUAAAUAAUUCAUGCCCGGUUCCAGUGUGACCCUCAGCAUCCCCAAGACACGGUCUGAGCAUCGGUGUCCCAAAUACAACUCCUAUCAAAGGCCUGCUGAGCUGAGUGGAUUAUGGUGUGUGUGUCUGUGUGUAUGGUAUCCAAAGGAUUAGAGGAUUUAUAUCUGUGUGUGGGACAGGCAGUUGAUGCAGAGCAAGAAGACAGAGAGAUGCAGAGGAAUAUUCAUAGAAAGAUGUUGUAUGUGAGAGUCAGACAGAAGAGGACGAUGCUAAAAAUGGUUAUAGAGUAGAUUUGUUGCAGUAUAUAGGAUGUCUGCAAACCUUCUGUGUCUGUAGAGUUUAAAUAUGUUAGGUGAACAUGCAUGACCCAUGCCGUGUUUGCGGUGGGUGCUUGCAGGGUAGUCGGUGCCGCUGGUUGUUCAGUGCUUGUGGGCGACUGAGGUUGGCCGUGGUCCUCUCGCACGUGUUGGAGUUAGAGUUGCAUCGGGAUGGCCGCAGCGAGUUUCUCUGCGGGAAAUGCGUGUUUUCGCUGGAGCGUGUGGUGCAUUGCGAUGUUGCCAUCGGACAGCUGCGGGAAGCACACGCUGCGCAGCUGCAGAGGCUGCAGAACGAAAGAGAUGGAUUGAAAAUGCACAUCGCAAACAAAUACAAACAACAUAAUCUUCCAAAUCUAGAUGGUAGCGUGUUGCGGAAAUCUUUCAGAAAGGAAGUAAAAACUGGAACAAAUACUGAACUGCGAUACAUCCACAGAUCUUCAGUUCAAACAAAGCAGCGUCAGCUGGUGAAUAAGGACAUUUGCGAUUCGCCAGGAAAAAGUCAGGGGGUGGAUACGAGUGCAGAUGAUGGACAGGAGAAGUUCAAAGGUCGAUUAAGGAGAUGUGUGAGUCUUGAGCCACUAAGCAGGGAAGUAACAGAUCGCUCUCAACGCUUGCAGUUAAAUCUGUCUACGCGCCAGAGCAAAGACGUGCAUUCUGGUUUGCCGGGAACUCUUAGUCAAGAAUACUUAAGCAUAGUGCAUAGGAGGAGUACACUGAUGUCACAAUCAACUUCCCUCCAAUCAGUGACCCUGGACCGGUCUGACCACGCCCCCAUCAAUGCAUCACAUCGCAGAAACCCACUCAAAACCUCUUUGGUGGUUGAUAUACUUCAACUCCUAAGGAUUGUGCAAGUAGUGCGACCUAUCCCACGAUGCAAGGGUAGCAAGAUUCCAGUACUGACACCUUCACACUUCACACAUGGACACGCUCAUGGGGGUAUGACUUGGAAAUGGUUGGUGGAGAAAAGACUGAGGGAAAUGGAGGAUGAUUUUAAUGAUGAGUACACACCUCUUAAACCAGAGGUACAUACACUUGCUGUUAGAUUUGGAAGCCUUUCUGGUGCCUUUCGAUGGCAUGUUUAAUUUGACACAAAAUGAACUCUAUGUAUGUAUGUGUAUAUUGGGUGUGUGCUUUAUUUUUAAGUAUUUU